AUGGCUCAGAAUAUGCGGGAUCUGUCUGUGCUGCAAGAGGAGGUGAAUAAGUUGGAUGAUCGCUACGUAUUGGAAAAAGUUAUUGGAGCCGGUUCUUAUGGAAUGGUUAUCCGUGCAAGAGAUACCUUAAAUAAUUCUGAAUUGGUGGCAAUCAAGCGUGUUAAUAAAGAAAUUUUUGAUGAAAUGAUUCUUGCUAAACGAAUUCUACGCGAGAUAAAAUUAUUGGCUCAUUUUAAUGAUGAGAAUAUUAUUGGUCUUCGAAAUAUUCUCACACCACUCGAAAAUGAAUCUUUUGAGUAUUUCUAUAUUGUUAUGGAAAUUAUGGAAACUGAUCUAAAACAGGUUUUACGAACAGGUCAGGUUCUAACAGAAGCGCAUAUACAAUUUUUUAUCUAUCAAAUAUUACAUGCUCUUAAAGUAAUUCAUUCUGCUGGUGUCAUUCACCGUGAUAUUACCCCUGCCAAUAUUCUAGUAAAUCAAAACUGCGAUUUAAAAAUAUGCGAUUUUGGUCUUGCCAAAGAGGAGAAUGAUCAAGGAGAGUAUAUGACUGAUUAUGUUACUAUGCGUUGGUAUCGUGCGCCAGAGUUGGUGAUGGAAGAUCGUAAUUACUCUGCGCAAAUUGAUGUUUGGGGUGUGGGAAGUAUUCUCGGUGAAUUACUCGGUUCUCGACCACUUUUCCAAGGUAAAGACCGUGUAAAUCAACUGGAUAAGAUUAUUGAAGUCAUUGGCACACCAUCCGAUGAGGAUAUCAGUGCAGUGGGUUCACAAGCCGCACAGAAGUAUUUAAAGAAGAAAUCCUAUCGUCCACCACCAGAUUGGCGUACUAGAUAUCCCAACGCAUCAGAGAAUGCACUUGAUCUUCUUAAGCGAAUGCUUGUCUUUCAUCCAGAUAAGCGUAUUACCGUAGAUGAUGCCCUUCGACACCCCUUCUUGGAGGAUUUAUAUGAUGAACGGGAUGAACAUUUAAAUGUGCCACUCUUCAGUUUUGAUGAACAAGAACAGCGAACAGUGCAAGAUGUAAGGCGUGCGGUGUAUGAAGAAAGUGUAAAGUUUCAUAAAGAACAUCCAGAGACAGCUCCACGUUCAAAUAAACGACCAGAACAAAAAUCCCAACAAAGUAAUAAUAGUGGUUCUGGACUUCCAUCAAUGGAUGUCACCGGUGAGGGCCGUUCAGCACAGCAGACUAUUGAAAAGGAUGAAUCCAAGGAGGCGAGUAAUGGUCGAUUUGACGCUUUGGUAGAUACUCCAGACUCUCGGUAG